AUGGCCAUUUCGGGGUUAGGGCCCCAGUCGCCCGAGCAGCAGCUGCUGAGGCCUGUUGCUGCUGCUCCUGAGGAAGUUGUUGCAGCAGCUCCUCUAGAUGCAGUCAAUGGCGCUGCUGCAGCAGCUCCAGAAGAGCCGCCCGCAGCAGCAGCAGCAGCAGACAGCAACGGCGUUGUUCCCGCGGAAGAACCAGGAGCAGCAGCAGCAGCAGCAGGCUCAAAGGAUGCAGCUGCUGCUCCGCCGGCAGCACCUGCUGCAGCAGACGCACUAGCAGCACAUCUUCAUGAACCGGAUGACAGCGAGCUUCCCUCCCCAGCAGCAGCAGCAGCGGCAGCAGCAGCAGCAGACGGAACCCGAAGCAACAAAAGGGGCUUCUACCGUUGCUGCAGAACAGCAGAAAGGGAACCAGCAUUUUGCUGCCCUUGUCAUGCCCUUUCUUCGUGCUGCUGCCUGAGGCGCCGGCGCGGCCGGCAGCAGCAGCUGCUGCCGAAGCAGCAGCAGCACCAGCAGCAGCAGCGAAGGCGUGGUGAGCCCCCGGGCUUCUUUCGCCCCGAUGAUGGCAGCAGCAACAGCAGCAGGAGCUUUCAAGAAGAUGUAUUGGGCUCUGGGGCGGCUUCGGAAGCAGCAGAAGUAGAUGCAGCGGAGCUGCUUGCUGCAGCAGAUCCAGCAGCAGCGGCUGCGAAAGCAGCAGCAGCAGAAUCUGCUGCUGCUGCUGCGCUGCAGCUGGGGUGGUCCCUCCCGCCCCUGGGACUCCAUGUGGUGUCUGCUGUUUCUUAUGGGGGGCUUCUGUCUCGCCCCACAGAUAUAAUAGUAAUUGAAAUCGCACAUGCUGCUCCUGCUGCUGCUGCUGCUGCUGCUGCUGCUGAUGAUGAUGAUGAUGCCCGCAAUGGGCUGCCUUGGCGGCAGCACUCCGCGCCGGUGCCUGCUACGGUGUCGGAGGACGGCUUCUGCUGCAGCCCUCAGCAGCAGCAGCAGCAGCAGCAGCAGCAAGAGUGGCAGUGCGUGUGCUGCUUCUACGCGUACAUGGAGCGGCAGCAGUACAGCGAGCUGCAGCGGCGGGUGCAGCGGCUGUACCCUAGGGGGCCCCCCUUGAGAGACAAAGGGGGGCCCCCCAGUCGCUGGAGUCGUUUGGAGUCUCGCUUGAACAAGUGCUGCCUGAUGUCACUUUCUGUCCCGUGUCUCAGCUCGCUGCCGUGGCUGCCCCCUUUAAACGCAGCAGCCACAACAGCACUAGCAGCAGCUGCAGCAGCAGCGGCAGCAGCGCACCAGCAGCACAAGAAGCAGACGGAGGAAGCGUUUCUGGAUGCUGCGCAGCGUCUCACCGCAAGCGGGCUGCUGCAGCGGGAGGGGGAGCUGCAGCAAACGAAGCAGCAGCGACAAGAUGAGCAAAGAGAAGGGCAGCUGCAGCAACAGUUGCAGCAGCUGCAGCAGUUGCAGCAGCACGACAAAGAGCAGCAGGACCAGGAGCAGCAGCAGCAGGACAACGCAGACUGCGUUUCGCAGCAGCAGCAGGGGCAGCCUCAAGAACGACUGCAGCAGCGGCCUCAGGGCGAAGCCUUGCUGCAGCAGGAAGCAGCGCAGCAGCAGCAGGCGGCGAGCCCAACAAUGAGCAGCAAACAAGUGCAGCUAGCUUUCUUCUGUCUGCAGCACGAGCUGCUGAAGGCAUGCAGGCGGCGGCUGCUUUGCUGCUGCUACUCUGCUGCUCUUUCUGUCUUUUUUGUGGGUGCAGAGGACGGCACCAUCACUGUGCUGCAGCUGGCAGCUGCUGCUGCGCAGCAGCUGCACCCCACAGCAGCAGCUGCUGCUACUGGCCUGGGGCUGCUCCGCAGCAGCACCCCACAGACGCAAGGCAGCAGCAGCAGAUCUCGGACACUUUCGGUUUCCUUCGGGAGCCCUUUGGGGCUGCAGUCUUGGCGUGGCGGCUUUAGCGGCGACAGCAAAGCAGCAGCAGCAGCAGCAGCAGUCGAGCAGCAGCUGCAGCAGCUAAAAGUGCCCAGCCUUCCUCGAGUCAUUUACUUCGUCAAGGAAGAGCCAGUGGACGUCCUGUGCCUCCUCUCUCUAGCGCUGCCGGUGAGUAGACAGGACGGCAGCAGCAACAGCAGCAGCAGCAGCAGCAGCAGCGAGGGCGUGCAGCAGCCGGUUUUAUUGGCAGCAGGUCGCAGCGGCAGCUUGCUGCUGCUGCAUGCAGCGACUACCGAGAUUGUGUCCUCUUUAAUAGUGCAAAAAGGAGGGCUGCUCUCAGCAGCAGAUGUUGUUGCUGCUGUUGCUGCAGAUGAGCGCAGGCUGCUGCUCUUCUGCUGCCACCGCAGUGGGGCAGUACGUUUGCUGCAGCUGCAGCAGUGCGACAGCAGCAGCUGCAGCAGCAGCUGCAGUAGCAGCUGGGGGCUUCAUCUCGCUCUGCUGCUCUCCUUAGCAGCAGGAGAGCCAACGCCACCUGCAGCACCGCCGUACUUGCCCGUCAUGGCUCUCGAAGGCAGGUUGCUGCAGCAGCAGCAGCAGCAGCAACAGCAGCAGCAGAUGCAGCAGAGACACCACCAGGAGAAGCAGCAGCUUCAGCGGCAGCUCAGCUGCAUUGCAUCCAGCAGCAACUUUCGACCGCGCGGCAUUCAGAGUCCUGGUUUGAUAGCAGAGCACGUGACAGAGCAGCAGCAGCAGCAGCAGCAGCAGCAGCAGCUCUCUGACAGCAGCACUGAGCGCAGCAACACCUGCGCGUUUUAUUCAGGUGUCUCUUCCACACACAGCGCAUGCGUAGAUAGCGACCGCCGGCUGCUGCUGCUGGGCAGCAGCAGCAAGCCUGGGGUAGUUGCCGUCUUGCAGUACAAUAUCAGCAGCAGCAGCGGCAACAGCAGCAGCGCAGCAGCAGCAAACGUGCGGCUUGUGACUCGAUUCAAGUGCCUCGCAGAGCCUGUCUCGUGUCUACUUGCAUGCAAGCAACAGCGGCAGCAGCAGCAGCAGCAGCAGCAGCAGCAACAGCAGCUGCUGCAUCGGGGGCCAGCAUGA